UAGAAAAAAUGAAAGGUUGUUUUGUAACUCUUAUCUCCUGUAGAUGGACAAAACGUUAAUUGAUUCGACUGAGAAGAUUGACUACUGAAGCCAAGCAACUGUGAUGAAAAACUAAAUAUAUGAUGGUUACUAAUAAACCCGAUUGGAGAAAUUACAGGUUUUCAAAUGAGUAUCUAUAUACAUUGGAGAUUUCAGAUCAUCAGAACGAUUUCAAAAUAAUCCAGAGGCUUCUAGAAUAAGAGUUCUAGAUAAAUGAGAGUCCUGAAAGAGGCCCAAUACUGAGAGAGGUUCUAGAAGUAUACGAAUGUGAGGGUCUAAAGGUCAUUGAGAGGGCUUUCAGUCAUGUAAGAGUCUACACAAACCAGAGGUUUAAGAGAGUUCUAAGAUAAAUUUUUUAAAACCCAGUGAUCUCUACGUUGCGUAAGAGUUAUUUAAACGUAAUUUAAAGUAUUCCGAGUCCCAACAAAGACUUAAAGAACUCCAAUAAAAAAACUAUUUAAAACUUUGAGAGUUUAAAAAUCCUGAAGACUCCCAACAAUAACAGUAUUAAGGGUUUCAAGAAACACAGUAAACUCUGAGGACUUGAACAAAAACCAUAAAGUUCUAAAUUAAUGAAAACCAGAUCUGAAGUCCAGUAUGUCUGGGUGGGGAGUCCCAAACCUAGAGAAUACGUUUACACAGUUAUCACGAGCAGCGAAGGAUAUUGGAACUCAUCUUGGCUCAGGACUUAACUCAGUAGCAGAGAACCUAGAGGGAGCCUUCAUUCAGAUCGGAGAGGGAACAGCCGAGAGAGCAGGGUGUGUUCGGCGAGGAAGCAGUACUGAAGAAGAACAGGUUGAAGAUCUAGAAGAAGGAGGAGGGGGAGGGGGAGGAGGAGGGGGAGAAGCAGAAGGAUCAGAGAGAGAAAGAGUUCUAUUAAACCAGGAAUUAGGUGGAGGAAUGGGCUGUGGUUCAUCCUAUUCAGCCUAUAUACCUCAACCUUCUAGUACACAGGUUGACAACAUGCUUUGUGAUAUGUGCCAAGCCAGACUCAAUUUUAUCAAAAGAAAGAAAGUAUGCAGUGAAUGUUGCAACUGUUUUUGCAGUACAUGUUUACCCAGUGAGAAUGGGAAAUCGACAAGAACCUGUGCCAGAUGUAAAGUACUUGAACGAAAACCCGGUGAAAGAACGGAGCUUAUGAAACUCAGAGUGAAAGAUCUUCAGUUGUAUCUGAGCCGACGACAGAUAAAUAUAAAGGCCUGCGUAGAGAAGAAAGACCUAGUAGAGCUAGUCAUAGAAACUAAUGGAGACGGAGGAGAAAGAAGAAAAAUCCGUCCUACUUCUCCUCCUUCCAAUCCGUCCUGGCAGGAUCCUUCUAUACGGGUUUCUGAUCAGGUUCCACUUGAAAGAGCAAGCAAUUUUCCAAAGAGCUAUACCGAGAGCAGUCACAGACGAGAGUGGUUUGAGAAAUUUGAUGGUGAAACCGCUGACAUACCGGUUGAUUCAGAAACCUUCGUUACCGGGCCGGAGUCUUCCGCCGUCGGAACUUUGUCGGUUGACACGCUGGAUGAAUCUGUAAUGGAAGCUUUACCGGUAGAGGACUCAACAAUACUGGUGGAGACGCUCAACUCCCCGGGGGAGGAGGAGGGGGAGGAAGUUCUACAGGAGAAAUAUCAGGGGUUGUCAGAGCAACCACCGAUUGAGGAAGAUGAUUAUAUAGGUGAAUAGAUCGAGCAGAGGCCGAAUUC